AUGCUCAUCCAGCCCCAAAAUUCCCUGAAGGCAUCUAUGGUAGCACAACACACACAAACAAAUGUGCCGGGAACAAAGAAUGGAGCCAUAGGUCCAGGCAUCCUUCAGAAAUGUACUCAAUGGACUAAAGACAUGGAAAAGACCAUUACAGAGCUGUCGUGUGUGGAAUUUGAGUGCAAAAAUCUAAAGUAUCGGCCACAUUUUCUUAAUCCUGGCACCCCUACUAACACGGUUGUUCACGGGAAAAUUGAGCUUGUGGUCCAGAGCUUCAAUCUACAGAUUUCUAAAACCGGAGGGAAGCCUCGCAAGAUAGAAGAAAUCAAAGAUUUCCUGCUUACAGCCAGGAGGAAGGAUGCCAAGUCCGUAAAGAUCAAGAAGAACAAGGACAAUGUUAAGUUCAAGGUGCGCUGCAGCAGGUACCUGUACACGCUGGUCAUCACAGACAAGGAAAAGGCAGAAAAGCUCAAGCAGUCCCUGCCCCCAGGUCUGGCUGUGAAGGAGCUGAAGUAA